UUCAUGCCAUCGUUGAUACUUACUGGGAGAGGACUGUCUCCCAGUGAGAUGCCCUGAAAAAGGAAAGGAAAACACUAUUAACAUAAAACUUUUAAUAGCAGUUCUAGUGCCUAAUACAAUACUUCUUAUUCCUCUUGUGUUAAUUCCUCUAUGUAAGUAAGGAUAUGCUGUUGGCUACGAAUAACUCCCUUAGUUAAAUAAUGCAGGCAAUAGAAUACAUGAUGUGAGCCCAGGUGAGAACAUGCUAUGUCAGGGAAAGAUUUGUUCUUUGAACAUCGUGGGAAAUUAGAAAAGUUAUGUUAGUAUGAAAGGUCUUGUUAUUCAAAAAUUGUAAUAUCUUUCUUACCCUAGCUGUUGGCAAUCUAAGUCCACCUUGUGGACUGUCACGGAUAAUCACAGCAAUAGUGAAAACAGUCUUACUGUGAGGGGAAAUGUGUCUUAAAGCAAAUUGGACCAGCAUAAAGUGUAAUGCUGCCAGAAAAACUAAGAGAGGUCACUGCAGAUAUUUUUCCUGCAAGGAUAAAAGCCAAGAUUCCAGUUACCUCCAGUGGAUUUUCAGGCUGUGAUGAAAGCAACUGAAAUAAGUCUUCCAGAGAGAAAGAUGUGUCUGUUCCAUUUCGAUGUCUCUAGAAAAAGAAGAUGAGUCCUUCCACCUUUAACUGAGGAGACAAAAGCAACAAAACACACUGGACUAACUGAAGGACAGCACCACUGCCCCCCACUCUAAACCACAGAAAUGUUCAUCUUAAAAAAAAAAAGUGAAGGUCAAAGAAAUGGAAAUCCACAGAUGCCAGAAACAAGGAGAGAAAUCAAAGCAAGAGCAGAAAAGGAAGCUGAUGUGCUGGUGGCCCACUUGGUUUUCCUUGCUUCUCUGUUCACUGUACCAAACUAUACAACAAACGCAGCUUCCCUCUUCACACUGUGGAUGCCAGUCUUCUUCCUACCUCAAAUGAUCUCUCCGUUCAAGUACUUGAUCACAAGGAGCUCGUGUGCUCAAGCACAUUGCUUCUGCUACCCUAUCCUCUUUUCUGGGUCAACAAUUGUUUCUUGUCUAUCGGCUAAUUCCCAUCAGCCCACUAACAAAAUAACACCUCCCAUCUUGAAAAAUCCCUCCCUUGGUCCCACAUUACUCUUUACAUCCCAUCCCAUUUUUCUGCUCCUCUGGAGAGCAAAAUCCUCUCGAGAGUCAUCCGGACUCAGUGCAUUCUCUCUUGAACCUAUUUCAAUGAGGGUUUGUCUCCACCCUUCCACUGAAGCAGCACAUCAGGGUCCCCCAAGGCUACAGUUCUCCAUCUUCAACCUAUUUGACCCAUCAGCAACUUUCACCGAGUUUACUCCCUUUUUCUGGAAACAGGUUUUUCACCUGGCAUCCAAGUACCUUCUCUCUCUACUCUCCUGCCUCACCGACUACUUCUCCUUUGCUGAUUCUUCAUCUUCGCCAUAUAAACAUGGCAAUGCCCCAACGCUCAGCCUCAGGCACAGCAAGCAGUCUCUGAACUUCCCCCCCCAUUUCCCCGUUCCUGCUGCUUGUAAGGCGCUCCCUCUGCUAACCUCCCCCCAUCUCCACCCCUCCCAGCGCCCCCGCCCCCCUUCCUUCAGGUCCCUAUUCAAAUAUCACCAUCUCACUUUUCUUUCCUAAGUACUCUCUAUAAAAAAGCACCCCCCUCCCAUUAAUAUCAGUCUCUUUUAUCUUGCUUUAUUUUUUUUCCCCAUAGCAUUUAGCACCAGCUGAUAUAUAUAGUAGACCCUUAAUAAUAGUUGUUGAAUAGAUGAACUCCCAAACACAACACCCGAAGACUUUGGUAGGGAUCCGAUUUCUGAUGGGUGAGAUACCAUCGUCUUGCUCUUUCCUGCAAUUAAAACACUGAUUCCUAUCUAAAUUCAGGGAAGAAAGGAAAAGGUAGACUGGUCAUCACUCUUUUAACCUCAAUCUUUUGCCAAGGGAAGGUUUCUUUUGUUAAACCUUAAGAGAAUCUAAUUCAAAAUUCUAGAUUCCUGAGGCAGCUAACUUUGUUUACAAAUAAAUUUGCUGUUGGUGGGCA